AUGCCAUUAGUUCGUUAGCCUGCUUCCCUCUCUCUUCUUAACAUGCACUUCACACUCUCUGUAGACCAUUUGAUAAGAAUCUAAAUGAACACAACAGCACAGGUAUAAACAAUCCACCUCAAUUUGCUUAAAAUUGAGAGUUUAUUGUUAUUGUCAAUCCGUAACCAUGGAUCCAAACCCUAGCAAUUUCCCAAUUCUCUCCUAUGUCAUGGCUAAGCUCCCCAGCAUCGGCCCCAAACGAUCAACUGCCGAUGACUUCGACAUCGAACAGCCGCCGCCGCAUCCUCCGCAGUCGCAAGAACCUCACUUCGACCUUGCCGAGCGAAUGCCGCAUCUCACUGAUCCCAAAGUCGUUUCCGCAAUGCGACGCGCCGUGGCUGAAGUCGCUCAGACCCGAUCCGUUCUCAAAACCCUAGGCGAACGUCCCGAUCACGAGAUUGUCGAUACUGCAAAGAUGAAACUCGCAGAAAUUGAAGCCAAUUUGUCCAAGCAUCACGACGACGAGGUUGUUUUAUCUCCGCGAUCACCGGAUGCAAAGGAAGAUGAGUCUGUAAAGGCAGCGGAGAAGGAGAGAGAGGAGUAUAAGGCGUUAAUAUCAUUGGAUGAGUUACAUGAGGCGUAUGAGAAGAUGUUGAAGGAAGCCGAGGAGAAGUUGCAGAGGAUUUAUGAGGCUGCUGUUGCUGGUGAUAACGUGGCAGCAGCAGCAGCUGAUGAGGAGGUGACAAAUGAGAAGGGUUUUGGAGUCAAAGAGGAAGUAAAUGAGGAAGUGGUUGGGAUUUUACAGGAGGCGUUGGGGAAAGGUGUAGAGAAGAUUGAUUUAUCUGGUCGGAUGUUGAGGUUGUUGCCAGAAGCUUUUGGGAAGAUUCAUUCUUUAAUCAUACUGAAUUUGUCAAAUAAUCAACUUCAGGUAAUUCCUGAUUCAAUUGCUGGUUUGGAAAAUCUCGAGGAGCUUCAUCUUGCUUCUAAUAUUUUGGAGUCAUUGCCUGACUCCAUUGGCUUGUUGUUUAGUUUGAAGAUCUUAGAUGUCUCUGGAAAUAAGCUCGCUGCGAUUCCAGAUAGCAUUUCCCAUUGCAGGUCAUUGGUGGAGUUGGAUGCAAGGUUCAACCAGCUUUCUUACUUGCCAACAAACAUUGGGUAUGAACUAGUAAAUCUGAAAAGGCUUUCAGUUUCCUUCAACAAGCUCCGUUCCCUACCCAGUUCUAUUGGUGAGAUGAAGUCCCUGCGCUUACUAGAUUUGCACUUCAAUGAACUUCAUGGACUUCCACGUUCAAUUGGGAACUUGACAAAUCUUGAGAUCCUCAACCUGAGCAGCAAUUUCAAUGAUCUGACUGAACUUCCUGACACAAUCGGUGACUUGACAAAUUUAAAAGAACUUGAUCUGAGCAACAACCAGAUCCAUGAAUUGCCUGAUACAUUUGGCCGGCUUGACAACCUGACUAAGCUUAACUUGGACCAAAACCCUCUUGUGAUACCUCCAAAGGAGGUUGUAUAUGGAGGGGCUGAAGCUGUAAAAGCUUUUAUGAUUAAGCGACAGCUCGAUGUACUGAUGGAAGAAGAGCGACAAAACAUGGAGGAAGAGGAGAGACAGACGUUGACCAGUUUACUUACACGAAGUACCUCCUGGUUGAGUGGUGUUGUUUCAAAUGUUUCUGGAACUGUUGCAGAGUAUUUGGGUGGCGUAAGAAAGUUAGAUCCAGACCAUUAUCUCAACCAGCAGUUGUGAGUCUUUUGAGAUCACAUUCUCACUGUUAAAACCUUUUAGAUGUCAUGCUAUUCCUACGAUGAUUGACAUUAUGGCUCAUAGCUGCCAGUUGCAUCCCUCCCCUCCCGUCAACUUGGUACUUUGUUUCAGUUUUAUGUGCGAGGAUAAAUGAAGAAUGGUGGCCUUUUUUACUGUGGUUCCUAGUAAAUGUCCCUAACUUUUGAGUUUUGACAUGCUAGAAAAACUGUGUUCAAUUUUUGGGAUAAUAAUAGGAAGCUGUUCUUUGUUUUGCUCUGUAGAAUUUCAGUGGCUUAGUUGUAGAAAUGAUCUAAUUCAGAUUCAAAUGUUUUUACUUGAGAAUUUUCUUUUCCUA